ACUCGUCAUGGAGGCCAUCAAGAAGGACCAAGAAGGUGAUAUGGCCAGCGCCCUUUCACUCUACUCCAAAGCUCUGGAGUACUUUGUUCCUGCCUUACGCUAUGAACGGGAUGCCCAACGGAAGGAAGCUAUCCGAUCCAAGGUGAGCGAUUACAUUUCUCGUGCCGAGCAACUCAAGGCACUGGUGGCGUCCGACAACAAAACCCUUUUGCAAAAAGGCUGCCCUGGACGGGACAUUUUAAAAGGUAAAUUUCUAAAGGAGGGGAAAAUUUCUGGAUGAGGUAGCAUCAUCAAAACCUUUUGC